AUGAACGACAUCAGCCCUCCCGUCGAAAAGGUCGAAAAGCCUGAGCAUGUAGAGAGCCGCAUCGAUCCUCGUUAUGAUCUGACAGUCCUGAGCGUCGAGGACGCUGAGUUCCUCGCUUCUUUCUCUGAGCAGGAUAGGAAGCGCGUUAUCAGAAAGGCGAGACUCAAUCAACUUGUGCCCAUUUUGACCUUUCUGUAUCUUGUUUCUUUUACCGACAGAUCAAAUAUCGGCAAUGCGGAGAUCGAAGGUCUCAACGAGGAUUUGGGUUUGGAUGGGGUCAAGUACAACAUUGCGCUUUGUCUCUUCUUCGUGCCCUAUAUUCUCUGCGAGAUCCCUUCCAACUGGGUUCUCGCCAAGGUGAAACGGCCCUCGUACUUUUUGGGGACCAUGAUCUUCCUAUGGGGUAUCGUCAUGACUCUCACUGGUAUUGUACAGAACUUUGCCGGCCUGGUCAUCACGCGAAUCAUCAUGGGUUUCCUCGAGGCAGGGUUCUUUCCAGGCGCCGUAUACCUCAUCUCUGCAUGGUAUCUACCCAACGAGACGCAAACCCGGAUCGCCAUCUUCUACUGCGCCAGCGCGGCCUCAGGAGCCUUCUCGGGCCUCCUCGCCUUCGCCAUAGCAAACAUGAACGGUGUAGGUGGCUAUUCAGCCUGGCGCUGGAUCUUCAUCAUCGAGGGCGCCGCCUCCGUGGUCUGCUGUCUCCUGGCCUUCCUCGUCAUGCCCGACUCUCCCCGCCGCUCCUCGUCCUUCCUCACGUCCGACGAGAUCCGCUACCUUGAGGUGCGCCAGCUCGCCAUCCCGGGCCGCCGCCGCCACGCCCAGCAGGAGUCAGGCGAGAAGUUCCAGUGGCGCACCCUGCUCGCCGUGCUGGCCGACUGGCAGACCUAUCCGCUCGCCAUCGUCUACCUGUCCGCCACGGGCCCCAGCUACGCGCUCAAGUUCACCAUGCCCCAGAUCAUCAAGAACAUGGGCUACCAGGCGUCCAUGGCGCAGGUGCUGACCAUCCCGCCCUACACGUGUGGCGUGCUCGCCACCAUCGCCAGCUCGUGGGUCGCAGACCGCAUCACCUGGCGCAUGCCCUUCGCCGUUGGGGCGGACCUGCUGAUCCUCAUCGCGCACGCCAUCUUGUAUAAUUUUGGCCCUACGCAGGCAGAGCAUAUCCCUGCCUGUUACUUUGCGCUGUGUCUUGCCUGCAUGGGAAUCUAUCCCAUCCCGCCGACGGUCAAUGCGUGGCUGAUUAGCAAUACCGCGCCUCAGACAAAGAGGGCUAUGGCCAUAGGGUAUUUUGUUGGUUUGGGAAAUAUUGGCGGCAUAUUUGGUUCCUUCAUAUACCGUCAGAGUGAGGCUCCCAAAUAUCCCUCGGGAUAUGCAACGGCCUUCUCUCUGGCGAGUGCUGGGGUGAUUCUCGCGCUUGUGUUGGAGUUCACCUACAAGAGGCUCAAUGAGAGGAGAGCUCAACUGAGUGAGCAGGAGGUGAGGGCAAGGUAUUCCGAAGAUCAGCUGGAGAAGAUGGGCGACCGAAGCCCACUGUUCAGGUAUUCCUACUAG